AUUUAAAAUCUUGGAAUGACCCCGAGUCUCCUUGGUCCUCCUGUUGAGCAGCGCUGCUGGGAUGUGGCCCUGGGGCCCCUGAAGCAGAUCCCCAUGAACCUGUUCAUCAUGUACAUGUCGGGCAACACCAUCUCCAUCUUCCCCAUCAUGAUGGUCUGCAUGAUGGCCUGGAGGCCCAUCCAGGCUCUCAUGUCCAUGUCUGCCACCUUCAAGCUGUUGGAGAGCUCCAGUCAGCAGUGGCUGCAGGGCCUGGUCUACCUGGUGGGGAACCUCCUGGGCUCAGCGUUGGCCAUCUACAAAUGUCAGUCAAUGGGGCUGCUCCCGACACACUCGUCUGAUUGGCUGGCUUUCAUAGACCCGCCUCAGGUACAGCAGACUUUCAGAAACUAUAAAAAUGACACUUUUAAAAUACUUGUUCUAUUUACUUGUAUAUAAAUUUAAUACUUUUUG